AUGGAAGACAAGUGCUAUUCCGUUGCACUUCAGUUGGUUCGGAAUGCGGGAAACUUAGUUCGUGAGGCGUUUCAUCGUCCUUCAGGGGUAGAAUUUGAAACGAAAAGUAGCAGCAUAGACCUGGUUACAGAAAUUGAUCGAAAUGUGGAGGCUCUGCUGGUUAAUGGAUUGAAGGCAGAAUUUCCCGAUCACACGUUUAUUGGCGAGGAAUCUACUGCGCUUGGAAAACAUGAGAAAUUCACGGAUUCUCCCACGUGGCUAAUCGAUCCGAUUGAUGGCACCACAAACUUUGUUCACAGGCUUCCUUUCGUCUGUAUUUCGGUAGGCUUUUACGUUAACAAGCGACCAUCGUUCGGUAUCAUUUACAAUCCAAUACUGGAAGACCUGUUCACUGCUCGUCAGGGACAGGGCGCGUAUAAAAAUGGCUUCCCGAUUCACGUGUCCAAAACUACAGGUAAGAACCGUGGCUUUUUCAGUGUGCAGUAUUUUACGUGA